AUGGACUCGCUAGAACGAAAGAAAUCGCCUCCGUUUCUGGAGCUGUCGCAGUCGACGCUGCAGGCGCUCCAGCAGAGCCAGAGCCAGGCCCAGCUUGAUUUCGGCAACGUGCUGACUCUUUGGACCACCUUGAUAAAGUCAAGCGACGUGAUCAAGAACGGCAAACGCCUCGAAAACAUCAGCUGGCGUGUUGUUAACCGCCACAUUCUGCUCAAGAACGACUACGACCACAACGACUAUUCUGCCUUGAUCCAAAUCUCUGCAGGAAAAUCGGAACAGGCUAUCCCACGAAACAAAAAGCAGAUUAGACGACAUACUCCGCCGCCAGAUGCCAAGGACAAGGUGCCGCUCGUGGUCGAGACCACAACCGAGUCCAAGGAAACUACAGCAGAGGUCUCGACUAGCGACCAGGAGUCCGAGCCAGAGUCUGUCCAGAAUCAGCCCCAGAAACUUACCCAGAGAAAUCUCCACCACCAGCAAAACCUAAUACGAAACACUCCUGGUCAGGCCAACAACCGUGGACAGAUGUUCUUCAUCGAGAACACUAUGUCUCCGGAGCCCGAGGAGUCUCCGAAAUCGGUCGCGUCUCCAAAGGUCAAGAGUCUGUUCGACUACCCUGCUACAGAAAAGAAAGACGUGUUGGAUGUACCUCACAAAGCCCCUGCGCCAAAAGUUUUAGAACGCGAUAGAAGCUUGGAGAGACUCAAUCAGCAGCAGCUAUUGUAUGGAACAAGCAGAACAGGAGCAGAGAGCCACCAUUCGCCAAGAUCCGAGACUCAAAGGUCGCAAGUUUCACUGUUCGACAAAAACAACAGCAAACAGGACUAUGCGCAGCAGAAGAUCUUGUUUUCUUCCGACGACGAAUUCUCCGACGGGUCCGACUGGUCGUCCAUGUCCGGCGACUCCGAUUUCGACGACGACGAUAUCGAGGAAGAGCACUUGGACUUCAACAAAACAGACGUUCACAAAAACCCAGAGAAUCCAACCAUUAAGCGUUCGCUGUUGAGCGGACUGUUCCUCGACAAAAUGGACUCGUCGCAGGAGUCUUCCGAGCCAAAGAAACCCAAGAGUCCGCGCCAUGUGGUUUCGCCAGUGUUCCCUCCAUCCAAACCGACAGACCGUCCAGAUCUGUCCAAGGCAUCUAUUUCAUCUACAAACGUGAACGCUACCGGGGAUCUGAAGAUUACUCCCGACAACGAUAUACCCUCGAUGCUCAAGAAGUCGUCAGCUGCCCAUGGACACCAACAGGACGCCCAACGUCCAGGAGUUGUGCGCAAUAACUCAAGCAAUAAUCCACACAUGGUUUCCAAGAGUGCAGUUUCGUUGGCAUCUUUCCUUGCCAACAGCAGACGGCCUUACCAUUCCACUGACAUCCACAACGGCCAUUACGAGCGCCAGCACGAAUCCAACGCCCCACCAACGGCAACAACUUUACUUCCAACAGCAUUGUCCACUCACAUGUUCCUGCCAACCAUGAAUUUGCACCGGCAGCCUCGUCCUGGCAAGCCGCUGAACUCGCGGCCGGGCCCAAGACCGUACCAGCCUGAGCGGGGCCGGGACUACUUUGCUGAGACACACGCGUCCCACGACCACCACGAGGAGAGCGGCAGUGUUUCCUCGAGCGUCAAGUCCAUCGACAUCCCGGGCUCACUUCCUCGCUCGAGAUCGCACAUGCACCGUGACCCCGAGUCCCGCAGCAGUUCCAGACCGCGUCUGGACAAACGUGGCAGCUCGAUCAUGCCACGAGGCUCGCCGUCGGCCGCCUCCAUCGAGGUGCUGACCAAAGAGCUGCCGUCAAACCUGGUUGAGAGCAUCAACAACGAGAACAAGCUAGUCCAUGCAUCAUCUACAAAUGUACACGAACUCCAACAUAAACCACGCGUGCGCAGUCAUCUAAAUAGAACAGGGUCGUCCUCCUCGACGCUGCAAAACGGAGGAGUCAGCGCAGAAGAAGAUAGUGGGCCCGAGAGCGAGAUCUCUAAUAAUAUCAUUGCUAACGGGAUAAUGGGCAACAAGCUCAAGCUUCUGUCUGCAGAGCCGGAGAUUGGGCCUUUUAUUGACGAUUACCAAUUGUCGUCCAGCCAGGCUAAGGACGACGACUGGGAAGACAAUCUGAAUUACCAUGCUAGAGGAUGGUAG